UUCUUCUUCUUCUUCUUCUCUCUUUCGUCUUCCUCGUCCUCUCAACUUUAAUCAUCUCUCUCUCUCUUAAAGAAUUUAGCUUCACGAACACGCAAGCUGAAUAAAAAUGGUGAGAAAAUGCAGAAAAGCUAAAGGCAUGGUGGAAGCUGGGAUCGGAGCUUCGUCUACGUAUAUGCAGCUUCGUAGCCGGAGAAUCGUUUACGUCAGCAGAUCGGAAAACUCUAGCUCCGUCGUCGUCGCCGACGAUAAUAAAGGAGUUUCUUCUUCAAAUUUGUCGUCUUGUUGCGCGAGUAACGAGUAUAAGAGCAAUGGAUUUAUGGAUCUGGAGGAGGAAAGAGAUGGUGACACUGAAACGUCGACGUUUCGACGAAAUACGAAGAGAAAGCUGUUUGAGAAUCUCAGAGAAAAAUCGAUGGAGAGUUCGCCGGAAAUCGCAGCUGAUUUUGUUUCCGCGGUUAAAGAAUCAUCGGAUUGUUGUUGCAGCGGGAGAAGAUCUUCACCGGCGACGACGACGAUGACGGCGACGGAGGAGAAAGUGAUAUUGACGACGGAGCAACCAACGGAAGCUGAGAUUGAAGAAUUCUUCGUUGAAGCAGAGAAGCAGCUCCAUGAUAAAUUCAAGAAGAAGUAUAACUUCGAUUUCGAGAAGGAGAAGCCAUUAGAAGGACGUUACGAGUGGGUUAAAUUAGCAGAGUGAUGAAGAAGACGAAGAAGCGUACGUUUAUUUAACUUUUAGUUUUUAAUUUUCAGAGAAUAAAUCCAAUUUUUUUUUUUUUUAAUUUAGCCAAAAUAGAAGCUCUGUGGAAAGAUUUGUAGCAGAAUGUUUUAAAGUACGAAUGUGCACAGAAAAAAAGGAAGCUUUUUGGGUUUCUUAACAGAUUUUUGUUUUUCUGCAAAAGUGAAAAGAUAACCCAGAAAAGUCGUGUCUUUUUGCUUAA